GAGUGAGUAUUGUGUGAGAGGAGACGCAGCGCAAGCGCACUUUCAGAGCUGAAUUCGUUCACAUGCUCCACUUAGUUUAAUCAACAGCUAUUCGUGUGCAAGACGAUUGCUGAUAGUUGUGUAAAGAGAGUAGCACACUACGAGUUUUCCAAUAUAGAUAGUUGUCUCCAGAGCAGAAGAAAAGCCGCUGUGUUUGCAUUAAUGGAAGAGGCGAGAGUGAGGCCCGUCUCUGAAAUGAAAGAAGAGAUGGAUAUGCGCGCAUCCUCCGCGUCUCUCCUGGAAGAAGAACUCGCCUCUGCUAUCGAGCCUGCAGUGAAAGCGGCUGUGCUGAGCGUCAUGUCUGCAUUAGCAAAGUUCGUGGACAGUAAAUGUGCAGUUUUCCACCUCAGACUGGACGAGAGAGACCACGAAUUCGAAAGCGUGAGAUUGCGACUGGAAAUAGCGGAGAGCGAGUUGAAAGCCGUAAGCGAACGAAAAUACCCGAACACUGGCGAGAACGCUGCACAGUCUGUCACGAACACCAGUGAACAGCACAUCGAUAUCAUCCAUCAACCGAGAAGGCAGAAGGAAGGGCACCGUGUGAAACGCCUCUCAUUUUUCAGGGAGGAUGAAGCUGUAAGUCACGAAUUCAGCGACAGUAUUGUUGCUCAUGGGCUGCCAGCCACUACACGCGAUUACUCCACUCUACCAGCUCAGCCAGUCCGGGAGCCGGAGCCUGCAGUCCACACCGCACUGAAAAACUCCCGGGUUUUAAUCCAGGAGGAUGGAAGCUAUUCCGAGCAGGACCUGCUGAUGCGAGGUGAUGAACAGAUGGGCCACACAAGCACAGCGGGGUGGAGAAGAGCAGUGGAAGGUCCUGCACAGAGAAAUGCUCUCCCUCAUACUGAGGAAGGGACGAAGGCAGAAUCGGCUCCCAUUCAAGAGGAGCUCUUUGACCAGGAAUGGUGCAGGAGUCCAAAGCAGGCUACAGAGCUGACAUCUAUUGAAGGUGUGGAACUGAACUCUGGAUUUCAAUUUGUACACAUCAAAGAGGAGGUUCUUGAACUGGAAUGUGACCCGGUUGAAGAGGGGGCUUCUGACCACUUUAAAAGAUGCCAAAGAAUUCCACUUGGACAAAAUGUGUACCCCUGCACUCAAUGUGGGAAGAAUUUCAUACGGUCAGCUGAGCUGAAAAGACAUGAGCGCAUUCACACAGGAGAGAAACCUUAUCACUGUAUUGAAUGUGGGAAAAGUUUCACUCAUUCAGGAACACUGACCUUACACCAGAGAAUUCACACAGGCGAGAAACCUUACAGCUGCACUGAGUGUGGGAAGAGUUUCAAACACACACACCACCUCACAACACACCAGCGCAUUCACACAGGAGAGAAACCCUUUCACUGCACUGAGUGUGAGAAGAGUUUCAUUGCAAAGGAAGAGCUGAAGAGACAUCUGCGCACUCACACAGGAGAGAAACCGUACCGCUGUGCUGAGUGUGGAAAGAGAUUCACCCAGUCAGGAACGCUGACAAUACACCAGCGCAUUCACACAGGAGAGAGGCCCUAUCAGUGCCUUGAAUGUGGGAUGACUUUCCUUUGGUCAACAGACUUUAAAAGACACAAGCGAAUUCACCCUGAAAAGAACCAGCAUCCACUGUCUGCUGAGGAAACACACAGAGCUUAGCCACAUUAUUAGGUCCAGUUUGUUUGUGUAGCCCAUUAGUAAUGAAGCUCAUUCCAGUCAUUCCUUAAGUCAGUCUUGUGUCAUGUAUGUGAGGAUAGGAUAGAAGAGCCUGAGCAGUAAUCCUGGCAGUUUGUAGUUUACUAGGCUGAGAUAUAAUAAAGCAGGAAGUGUAUGUAAGGGAACGAGGCUCGCCUGCCACGGGUCAGUGUGUCUGAGAGGUGCAGGGCUGUCCUGUUUCGAAGGCUGUAUAUCGUGAGCCAUUUCUUUCAUCCAACUGUGCUUAGAUGUUUGGAUUAAGUAGUGGUAGUCCAGUGCACUUGUGUGUGAACCUGCUUGAUGAGAUUCUGGGAUUAAUAAACUACUAACAACCAAACAAGCAGUUUGAAAAGUUUCUUAUGUAUGUGUUCUUGUCUCAUAGUUAUGCUCACUUGAUUUAUUCAAAUACCUGUAUGAUAUACACAUGUAUGUAACCUCUAAGUAACCAUUUGUUUGUUAUUAGAAAAA